GUGACAGCUACGAACAGCUAACAGUAUGUGGUCCUUUUAACGCUUUAUUUCCCUUUAUUAAAUAUUCUGAAAUGCAGAAUACGCCUCCGAUUAUAUUAAAUAACCUGCAAUAUGCGUACCGUUUAUUUAUAAUAUUCGGAUGUUGCAAUAAGCCCUGUUUAUUAGGCCAAAAGUAGCGAGCUAACUAGCCAUAGCAUGUGAUGGAUACUCAGAGCGCGCUGGUGGAUGAGGUUGCUCUGGAGGGUUUGGACGGGAUCACGCUGCCGUCUCUGUGGUUGCGACUGGAGGACAGAAAGCCCAAGUUCCCGCAGAAGAUCGACGACUUCACCAAGGCGUUCCUGUGGAGGUGUCUGGUCCAUAACCCCGAGAUCAGCUUCUACGAGCAGCCGCAGGAGAGGGACGAUGUGGAGCUGUAUGACAGGUUCAAGAGCAUUGACCCGGACACAGGUAUAGAGUUCAAAGGUCACUCGUUUGAAAACAGAAAAGAUGUGUACCCUGCACACUUCAUCAUGGAGCACCCAGCUGGGAUCCAGGGCUCCUGUGUGUUCUUCACUGAGAGGAAAGACGUUACCAGGCAGAUUCGAUCAGCCUCACUUUCCCCUCUGCUCAACCUAGACCAGGCCUGGGACAGAUUUGGCAGGAGGCUGGUGGUGGUGGCUUCUCAGAAGGUGCGUUUUCGGGCUCUCAUUGGGACAGAGAGCGAACCAGAGUUGAAGCUGUCUGAUGAGUCCUACUGUGUGCUGGAGCGGGUGGGGCGGUCACGCUGGCAGGGGGAGCUGCAGAGGGACUUAAGCAACGGACCCUUCAAGAUCGAGGCCCGUAAGAUCCACUACCUCAGGAAGUCCCUGGUGCAGCACAGUCUGGUGACAGUGCAGUCCCACGUGUGUCGCCUGAGCUCUGGGACACAGCAGCACUCGUGUCUGCUGCUGCUUCGCCGUUUCCACGUCAACAGGAGGAGUAAAUAUGACAUUCUGAUGGAACGAGUGUCCAACAUCCUGGAAGCAUCUCCUGGGCAGCACUGCACUCAGAUGGCCCUCCGAGAGCACCUGAAUGUUGAUGAGCGCAGCUUUAAGAGGAUCUUCCAGUACAUGAGGGCCUCCAAACUGGUGGAGCUGUUCACCACACCCCUGCAGGACCUGGACUCAGAGUCUGGGCCCUGCCUCAACAAAAGAGGGAACAAGGUGCAGGUGCGCUGUAUUAAGCUGCUGAAACCCUUCUCGAAGAAGAACGUUCCUGAUGACGAUGAGGACGAGGAAGAGGAGGGGGCAGAUGUCCGUCCUGAGGGGUGCAUCAUGGAGAGGGAUGUACUGUCCCAGGCCUACAACAUGGUGGUGCUGAGUGGAACCAAGGGCCUGACCUGUGUGGGCCUUGGAGCCAAAAUGAACGUGGGCAAACUGGAGAGGAGGAUGAUCUGCAGACAGUUGGAGAGGGAGGGAGUCAUCAAGGGCUUCAUGGAGGACAUGGGUCGACAAAGGACAACCAAGUAUCUAAGCCACAAGUGUGUAGAAGUCAGCGAUAAACUGCAUCAGUUUGUCAAAGAGCAUGAACGCAGCCAGCUCCUGUGCUCCAACACAACCCCGGACUCCCCCAAGCCCCCCUCCACCACCAAGACCCUGUCCAAUAUUGACAUGUGUAGGACUCUCGUGGUCAAGAAGAAGAUGCGCUCUCAGACUGGGACCAAGGGUAAGGGCUCAAGAGAGAAGGAGAGGCCCCGAGACAGCAAAGUGGAGCUGGGUGAGGACCCAGAGGCCUGUGAAGAGCCAGCAUCAGAGCCCCUGACAGCAGCAAAGGAGGAUCCCCCCUCAGGUCCUUCUCAGGCUGAAGGAGCCAAAGACAUUAUGACUGUAAUAACAGAUGUGCAGCCUCCUCUGCCUCCUAGUAGGAACCACGAGACCUGUCGUCUUCUCAGAAGGAAGAACCUCAUUGUGGAGGCCAUCCAGGACCUCAAGAUCUUUGAAGGACUUUACCCGCUGCAGAAAAUCAUCAGCGCUGAGGAGAAACGCCUGGGGUUUAGCACCAAAUGUUGUAAGAAGACCAUUCUCCGCUUGGUCCAGACUCUGGCUCGAGAAGGUCUGGUCAAACUCUACACCACCACGGUCAUCCAGGAUGGCUUAACCAGAAAGGUGGAUCUGUACGCUCAUCCCUCUAUACAGUCCUCUGAUGAAAUAGUCCAGAGAACCAUCGACCAGGUCCGCUUCAAGAUGUCCAGCUCUUACUCAAAUACACGGGUGCCAGAGGAGGAGAAGAGCAGAGGACACAAAGACACAGAGGGGACACUGAGCAGUCAGUCUAAAGCCCAGAAGCAGAAGAAGAGCACGCACAAGAAGGACACGUUUAACCCCACCACAGUCCGUGGGCUCAGUAAGUCGUUCGGGUACCAGCCGAAGAUGCACCGGAUGCGCGUGGUUCAUAACUUCCUGUGGUACAUGGUUUACGGACACCCACUGAGACACAACCCCGAAACACAGGCCUUUGAGAAGUCCAAGCCCUCUCAAACCUCUGACCCUGCUGAGGAGGGACUUAAGGGUGCUGAGGAGGGGAUCCAUGGUGCAGAGAAGGGGGCCAAUGAUGUAAAAGAAGGGCCCCAAGGUGCUGAACAGGGGUCCCAGGUUACUGAAGAGGGGAACAAUGCUGCAGAGGUGGGGGAACCAUGUGCAAAGGAUGAGCCCCAGGGUGCAGAGGAAAGCUCCAAGGGUGUAAAAGAAUGGCCCAAGGAUGGAGAGGAGGUGCCCCAGCGUGUAGAGGAGGAGUCCCAGAGUGCAGGGGGAGCAGAGCCAGAAACGGACAUCAUCUCCAUCUCUGAAAAUAUGUCACUUUCGGAGGAAGAGGAGGAAGUCCCACAGUCAGAAAUCAAAGUGUACUCCGAGGAGGAGCCGUGGAAGAAGUACAUCCCUCCAGUGAAGCUGCAUAAGGACUACAGUAGUGGGUGGGUCAUGCUCGGAGACCUGAUCCUCUGUCUGCCCCUGUCCAUCUUCGUCCAGGUCAUCCAGGUCAACUACAAGGUGGAUGGUCUGGAGGACUACCUGAAUGACCCGGAGAAGGAGCACUACCUAGUCAGAUGUUUACCAGCCCGCAUGAAGAGACAGCUGCUGUACAAACGGAGGUACAUCUUCUCUUUCUACGAGAACCUGGUGAAGCUGGCGUACAUGGGGCUCAUACAGUUUGGGCCUCUGGAGAAAUUCAGAGACAAGGACCAGGUGUUUAUCUACGUGAAGCGCCACGCCACCAUCGUGGACACCACCAGCUCAGAGCCUCAUUACUGGCUGGUGACAGAGCCUCCAGAUCAGCCCUUUGAGAGGAGACACUACAACUUUAACACUGCCGAGGACAUCGAGAGCUUCUGGUUCGACCUGAUGUGUGUCUGUCUCAACACUCCCCUGGGUGUGAUCCGGAGUAAGAGGAACGGGGGCGAGACUGAUCCCUCCUUUGUGAGAGACCGCUCUGUGUUUGUGGGGAUGUCCUACCUCAUCAAAGGCAGCUUGGAGGUGGUGGAUGAUGGUUCUAUUCCCGGGGAUGGGAGAGGAGCGGGGGGCUUGUCCUCUGAGUUCUUCGCUCAUCUCAAGAGGAACUGGCUCUGGACCAACCACCUGCUUGCCGUCAAACCUAGACACACUGGUCUGGAGGCCAAGGACACAAAGGUGCGCCUGAAAAGCCUGUGUAGAAACUCUCUGCAGAUGGUUCUCCAAGCAGAAGGGUCUGCCAUGCCCAGCUAUUUGACCACUAAGAAGUCACUGAUCACUGAGGAGGACAUCCAGGUGGUGGAGGAGCCAGCCUGCAGGAAGAAGCAGAGGAUGGGAGGAAAGCAGCAGAAGAGAAAGAGACAGAAGAAGGAGGUGGUGAGGGUCCCACGGAAAAAGAAAGAGCCAAAGAAGCGCAGCUUGGCCCACGAUGAGCGCGACCACGAGGCUCUGAAGCAGAUGACUCGACAGAGAGUCUACUGGUCUCUACAGGAGGACUCCCUCAUGAUGCUGUGUGCUGUGGCAGCCAGGCUCCUCAACAGCAAGCUCAAGAGACCCUUUGUCCCGUACUGUGUGGUCAGAGACAUUCUGCAUAAAGAGUUUGAGAAGUCUCGAGAUAAGACGUCUUUGGCUGUGGGCCGCCGCACACGUUACAUCCUGAAGAACCCCCAAACCAUCCACCACUACAAGACCUGUCUGGUGGAGGUGAGCCACGACAAGGCUCUGCUCAAACUGUUAGAGGAAAACCUGCCCAAAAACCCAGACAAUCCUGAGGCGUGCGCAGAGUCCUUCUCAGAGUAUGUACGUCUACUCAGACACAAAUUCAGCUCCACCAUAGACGUGAGUGAGGGCCACAUCCCAGACAGCAAAGAGGAGCUCUUCUCUCAGUUCAAAAUCUGUGCGAUGGACAGCAUGCGGCGUCGACUCUGUGACAAGGACACUCUGAACACCUCAGAGGACAUCCACGCCAUCGUCCUGCACAACCUGAUCCAGAGCACACUGGCCAUGACCAACUCUCAGAUGAAGAGCUCCCGGUCGUUCCAGAUGUUCCAUGUGUACAGCAGCUACAGUCAGGAGCUGCUGUGCCAGGUGUUUAUCCAGUGCAGGAAAAGAGGCCUGGUGAACCGCCGCAGGAUUAACCAGAACCUAGGACCCAAGAAGAACCGUGCCCUACCCAUCCUGCCCAUGUCCUACCAGCUCUCCCAUGCCUAUUACAGGUGUUUUUCAUGGCGCUUUCCUCAAGUCCUGUGCACCGACUCUUUCUGCUUCGUCCGGGACUUAUUGAAGCUGCCCAGAGGAGACUACAGGCCAGUCACGUACUUCCACCAGGAAACUGAGAAUAGAGCCCCCGAUGGAGAUCUGGUGGAGCCCAGGAAGACCUCCACGGACAGAAAAGACAAACCUGCUUCAGAAAACAGUAAUCCAUGUGAGUUAGCGGAAAUGGACUGGGAGGAGCCGACAGGAGUGGAUUCUCCUGAUGUGAGCGACAUGUUGCAGUUCUCCCUGGAGCACCCGGGGGGUGCCUGUGUUGCAGCCCUGAGCCUCAUGUCCCUGGGGCUGCUGUCCGUCUAUCUGUCCAUCCCCAAACGGAUGGUGGUGGUAGACAGUGCGCUGGUCGACACUGACACGGUCAAAAGCACUCUGGAUGAAGAGGAAGAAGACGAGGAGGACGCAGAGGAGACCAAGAAGAUGGAAGUCAAGGCUCACCAGGCAUCCCACACCAAGUACCUGAUGAUGAAGGGAUACUGCGCCCCAGGGAUAGUGAAGCUGCGUAACCUGAGCACCAACGACAACAUCGUGGUGGAGUCGUGUGUGAUGAGGCUCCAGCUGAGGGACCGGCCUGCCCACAGCAUCUUCAGCCUGGACUCUGAUCCUGCUCUUGACCUGUCCAAGUGUGGCCCAACCCUACUACCCCCCGGCCUGUCCCACUCCCUCUCCACACCCCCCCUCAGUGCAGAGGAGUGUCUGCUUGGGCUGCAGGAGCACAGGGGGUACUCCACAGAGGACCUCCAGGCAUGCACUCUGCUCUGGGACACUCUUGACCAGGCCGGGGAGAGAGGCCUGGAUGUGGGACAGUUCAAUCAGAGGCACGGAGAGCUGGAGUUGUUCCAGCCCCCACGCACCAGAACUGUCCAGCAGUACAUGCAGGACCUGCAGCAAGAGGGCCAGGUGCUGCUGGUGGGGGCCCAUGGAGCUCGCUGGGUGCUGCGGCUGCACGCUGACCCCUGGCUCAUCACCCCCAACAUGGGACAGUGGAGCAGGACACUCCCUGAAGACCUGAGCAUCCCUAGAAUCAAGUACGACAUCCCAUUCAUGAUGAAGAAACGACCAUUAGCCAUGGACAGCACAGAGGAGUCCAGUGCCAAACGACAAGCCCUGGACACCUGCGGGGAUGGAGGAGAGGGGACAAGUACUGAAGGACCAGCUCUGGACACCUGCAGGGACAUAGGAGAGGGGAGACCAAAGGAGCAGCUGAAGGGAGCAGAGGAAGAGACGAGUCAUGCAGUGAAGGUAAGCAGAGGACCAGAGGACCAGGUGGAGCUGGGGGAAGGAGACGAAAACAGAAAAUCACAACCUGAACAAACUGAGGAAGAGGGGAUGAAUGCACAGCCAGAGGAAGAGAGAGAGAAGACAGGAGCAGAUGGAGACAAGGAGGAGGAGAAAGGAGCAGACGAGACUGGAUCACAGGAGGGCAGUGAGAAGAGGGAUAACAAACCAAGGACAUCACGUGUCCCCAGCCGCUGUACGAGUCCAUGCUGCGCUCAGGAUCUUCCUCCAGAAGAGAGUCCCAGUGAGAGCAUGAGCUUCGUGGCCCGUCCCUGGAGGAUGGUGGAUGGGAAGCUGAACCGGAUGGUGUGUAAGGGCAUGCUGGAGGCCCUGCUCUACCACAUCAUGUCUGUGCCCGGGGUCACUCUGGAGGCCCUGCUCCUGCACUACAGAGCUGUGCUGCAGCCGUUGGCCACGUUGGAGCUGCUGCAGGCCCUCAUUGACCUGGGCUGUGUCAAAAGGAAGACUUUGGUGAAACGUUCCAAAGCCUCUCUGUUCUCCCGACCCGCCCCCCCUCCUCAGACCGGGCCCUCCACAUCGUCUUGUGGGUCCAGAGAGGAGCAGCCCGACAUGGUGUACUACGAGCCUACUGUGAGCUGCGUGCUGCGCCUUAGCCAGGUGCUGCCCCAUGAGCGCCACUGGAACUCCGACACACCUGGACAGCACCCUGAGAGCACCCUGACAGCACCUUGACAGCAUCCUAAGAGCAACCUAACAGCACCCUGACAGCACCCUGGCAGCACCCUGGCAGCACCCUGACAACACCCUAACAACAGCCUGGCAGCACCCUGGCAGCACUUGUUGGACCCUGCUCCGGUCGCGGCUUCGUUAGUACUUUGACUGUUGUUUAUUGUUCAGAGAUGCAGAGAGUUUGAAUAUGAUUUUAGUUGGAAAAAUAUAAAUUUGUGAAUGUUUCCCAGCCAUCCAGUUGACUCUGAUUUUAAAGUUGCUCUAUGUAACUUUUCUCAUGUCUCCAUGGAAAUGUUAUUUUAUUAUGUACAAAUAUACCUUGCCAAGUUACAGGUCAGAUCUCUGGAGAAGCAAGAUCACUUGCUGCAUGUUUUGCAAGUUAAUGUAACAUCUCUAUGGCGAUGAGCAGGUGGCAGUCCUCUACCAGAGAAGUUACAGAAUGCACCUUUAAAGCUGUAAAAGUAGGACAAACAGCUUCUCUAAUUUGAUUGGUACAUAUAAUUAUUUUCACAGUUCUGAUAAAGUCCAGAUUAAAUGCAUGCACAGCAUUUAUUUUUGUUUGUGGAUGUGCUAUAAUGGGAGAUUGAUAGACAGAAAAGAUUAAAAUAAAAAUAUAUUACACUGAGACCACACAAGACGGAGAUAAGUAGGAACCACACACAAAACUUCUGUGUUGUGUUUACAUAGCAAGAUGACCACCCGUCCCACCUGUACAGUUAACCACAUGAUGGACUUGUGACUGUUGACUGCAUCCAAAUGAACCGGGGAUGUUCAGGGUUGCAUUUGGGCACUGCUUUGCUUUGCUUUUUAGGGGAUUGUACCUCAGGAAAAAACACAAGAGUAGACAGAUG